AUGGCUAGCCCACAGGUUCUCGUGUUCGAUGCUGAGGGCCGCCCUGUGAAGUUUGACACCUGGCUCGAUGACCUGCACCUCUACCUACAGCUCACAGCCAAGGAUGACAUCUCACUGUACGAUCACGCCCUAGGCCAUGCACUGUACACAGCUGUAGUUGCUCGCUACUCCUCACCUGCCUCUGCCGCACUAGGCCGCCUCUCCCUCCCCUACCUGUUUCCCGACCUGGCCUCCUUUCACACAGUCGCUGACCUCAUCACGCACCUCCGUACUAGUGAGGCCCGCUUCCGUGCCGCCAUGCCUACUGAGUUCCUUGCCACGCACCCCCCUCCACUCUGGCUCACUCUCUACCACCUAGUCACCCGCCUCCCUGACACACUGCGUGCUGUCAGGGACCACUUCCUAGCUCGUUGCCCCACUGAGCUCACCAUUUCCCUCCUCAAGAAGGAGCUACUUGCAGCUGAGACUAGCAUAGUUGCUGUAGGUGCCUCUCGUGGCGACCCCCGUACCCCGUUCUUUGAGGGGUGUUCUCCUUCCCCCCUUCUUCCCUCUGUCGCCUCUGCUGCUGCUGUCGACCUUCUUAGUGCUGAGAAGGUCGGCGCUGCGUCUGCCUCGAGCGGACGCCGCAGCGGCAAGGGCAAAGGGGGCAAGGGUGGUGGCGGUGACGGCGGGGGAGGCGGCGGUGGGGGCGGUGGAGGCAGUGGGGGUGGUGGCUCGGCUGGAGGGGCGAGUGGUAGCGGUGGGGGUGGUGGCUGCAGCGGCGGGGGAGGUGGCAGGAGUGGAGGCAGCGGUUGGGGUGGCGGUGGACGAGGUGGCGGCAGGGGUUGGGGUGGUCGAGGAGGUGGCAGCGGUGGUGGUGGCCGUGGAGGCACUGGCGGUGGCCAGGGCCAGUAG